CGAGAGAGUCUCUCGGGAGGCUGGAUUAGCCACAAGUUGUGGUGAACCAGGGUAAAAUCGGUGUGCCUCUUUCUUUUCUCUUUACUUCUCGUUUAUUCAUUUUUAUUCCUGCGAUUUCUUGAUCAAACGCUAUUCACCCCCCCUCUAGCGUUGUUCUAUUAUUCUAACAAUUGGUAUCAGAGCCUAACUCGCGUCCAAACUUAACCGUUUGAGAGUAAAGCGAUCAUGGGCUCUUCUUCUAGAAAUCUCUAUGCAAGAAUUGGAGAAGGUCAAUCAACCUCUAGGCCACCACUUUUUGAUGGCACCAACUACUCUUAUUGGAAGGAAUGGAUGAGAAUCUAUAUUCGUUCCACCAACUUCCAAUUGUGGUUGGUGAUCAAAAAUGGCGAAGAAAUCCCUAUGAAGAAAGUGGGAGAAACCACGCUCCCAAAGACCGAAAACGAAUUCGAUGCCGAUGAUAUCAAGAAGAUUGAAAACUAUGCAAAGGCCAUCAACAUGCUAUAUUGCACGGUCAACCCCGAUGACUACCGAAAGAUCUCCUGCUGCACAGCCGCCAAGGAGAUGUGGGACAAGCUUGAAGUGACGUACGAAGGUAGCGAUCAAGUUCGUGAAGCCAAGAUCGAUUUUCUCACCCAAGAGUACGAAAUGUUCCGAAUGAAAGAAGGUGAGAAAAUCGAUGACAUGUUCGAUCGGUUCUCAAAGAUCAUCAACGAUCUUCAUGCUCUCAAAAAAACUUACACCAACAAGGAUCUUGUGAGGAAAAUCCUGCGGAGUCUCACACCCGAAUGGAGGUCAAAAGCCGAUGCAAUCUACGAAUCCAUCGGAGUCUCCAACGUCACCAUCGACGGGCUAAGAGGAAACGGAGAAGGUCAAUCAACCUCUAGGCCACCGCUGUUUGAUGGCACCAACUACACAUAUUGGAAAGAGCGGAUGAGAAUCUAUAUCCGCUCAACCAACUUCCAGUUGUGGUUGGUCAUCAAAAAUGGCGAAGAAACGCCAAUGAAGAAGGUCAGUGAAAAACUCGUCCCAAAGACCGAGGACGAAUUUGAUGCCGAGGACAUUAAAAAGGUGGAGAACUACGCCAAGGCAAUCAACAUGCUAUACUACGCGGUCAACCCAGAUGAUUAUCGCAAGAUCUCUUGCUGCACCACUGCCAAAGAAAUGUGGGACAAGCUGGAGGUCACAUAUGAAAGUACGGACCAAGUUCGGGAAGCCAAAAUUGACUUCCUAACACAAGAGUACGAGAUGUUCAGAAUGAAGGAAGGCGAAAAGAUCGAUGACAUGUUCGAUCGGUUCUCAAAGAUCAUCAACGACCUUCACGCUCUCAAGAAGACGUACACCAACAAGGAUCUCAAGAAGGGAAUAGCACUGAAAGUAACCAAGGAGAUCGUGGAAGAAGACUCAAGCGAUGAUGACAACGAGUUCGGACUCGUCAUCAAGAAAUUCCACAAAUUUAUGAAGAAGGAAUUUGUGCGCAAAGGAAGAAAGCACGACGGUCCCCCGAAGUGCUAUGGCUGUGGCGAGAUAGGCCACAUCAAGCUAAGGUGUCCAAAAGGUAAAAGCGGCAAGGACAAACCUGGCUUCAAAAAACAACGUGCCUAUAUCUCAUGGGGUGGUGACUCCGUCGACGAGUCAACUGAUCAAGAAGAGGAGGAAUCCGCCAACCUCUGUCUCAUGGCGCACGAAGACCACGCCGACGAAAUGCAAGAGGCCUAUAGAGUCUUCAAUAAACGUACCUUGGCUAUUGAGGAGUCCCCUCACGUUGUAUUUUCCGAAGAUAAUCCUCGCUUGGCGAGAAAGGAUAUUUGUGAUGAUCUUGCAGAUUCAUUAGAGAGAAUACACGUUGAUGACGAUGAAGAGAACACGGGAAUAUACACCAACACGCAGCCGCAAACUGAGGAGAUACCUCAAGCGACUAACCAAGAUGACUAUGACCAAUCUAGGCCUAUGUAUGACAAUCAACCUGAUCCACUCGUCGAGGAAAUAAUAAGAUUAGAACAGAAAAUCUUCUAUUUCGACGAACUUUUAUUCGCUGAAGGCUCUUGGUACGAACCACCUUACUCCCGUGACUACACUUUGUUUGCUGAAGAACAAAUCGAAGCAAACAAGGUGGCAAUUCGAGAAAGAGCAAAACUUCUUGAAUCGGUCCGAAAGGAAAAGGAGUUCGAAAGAAGAUUAUGCGAAGGAUUAGAUAUGAUGCAGAAAAUGCUGGAUGACUUCCAAAGAGAGAGACUAGAAGCUGAGGCUAAAGCUGAUAAAUUAGUCAAUGAUCUCUGUAAGGCUAUUGAGCUUAAACGCUCCCUCCAAUCUCAAGAUCAAAUGAGGGAGAUUAAUGCUCAAAAAGAGGCUCUAGAACCUAAGACCAACCCUAAACCAUCCAACCAUCAG